AUGAUUAUGACACUGGGAGGCCUUGGUGGACAUUUUGACCGGAUUAGGGCAUCUGUGAGCAACCUGUUCCAGGCCACUGAUGUCACUCCUUUGCCAAUUACAAUAAUUCAAGAGAAAUUUCUCAUCUACCUGCUCCAACCAGGAAAGCACAAAUUGCUUAUAAACCCUGGAGUGGAAGGUGAUUGGUGUGGCCUUAUACCUGUUGGACAGCCUUGCAAUCAGGUUACCACAACAGGCCUAAAGUGGAACCUCGCCAAUCAUGUGCUUGGUUUCGGAGUACUGGUCAGUACCUCUAAUACCUACAAUGGAUCUGGGGUCGUGACUGUGGAAACUGACCAGUGA